AUUCUCAAUUGACUCUUCCUCUGAAGCUUUUCGUUUUCGCGUUCCUCUCAAUCUGCGGAAACUUAAAGCUUCAGACACAUUUCAUUUUCAAUUCAGAUUCUAAGUUUCUGGCAAUUAAUCUCGGAAUCUCUAUCUACUCUUCUUCUCUUCGCUUUUUAAUCUCGUGUUUCCCUCCAGAAUUUCACGAUCUUCUCCCCUCUCUUGUUCAUUCCGGUUUCGAUUUGGGGAUGGGAACCCCGGAAUUCCCUAAUCUCGGGAAGCAUUGCAACUUGGAAGAUUGUAAGCAGAUCGAUUUCUUGCCCUUUACUUGCGAUUGCUGUCGCCAGGUCUUUUGUUUGGAGCAUCGUAGCUACAAAAGACAUAGUUGUCCGAAAACAGAUAGACGGGAUGUCACCGUUGUCAUUUGUCCGCUAUGUGCCAAAGGAGUUCGUCUCGUCCCAGAUCAAGAUCCCAACAUUACAUGGGAGAUACAUGUAAACACUGAAUGUGACCCAUCAAAUUAUGAAAAAGUCACAAAGAAGAAAAAAUGUCCUGUGCCUGGCUGUAGGGAGUCGUUAACGUUUUCAAACACGAUCAAGUGUCGGGACUGCUCGGUAGACCAUUGUUUGAAACACCGUUUUGGUCUCGACCAUAAGUGUCCUGGUCCGAAAAAACCCGAACCAGCAGGCUUUCCAUUUGUUGGUGUUUUAAGUAGAAGUAAACAAGAAGAGAAUGGGCCUAAGAAAGCAUUGCCUACCACAGCUUCCUCUAAUUGGACUACAGCCCUCCUUAAUGUAGCCUCAUCUUUUAAAGCCUCAUGGAUAGCAACAGGCAACAACAGCAAUGGAAAUGGACAUGUUGAGCAAUGUCCACAAUGUAGUGCUAAGUUUUCGUUGGUUUUGUCUCUAGUCGAGCAUAUAAAAAAAGUCCAUGAAAGCGGUGCCAAUCGACCUGGGGCGAAGAAGGUAGUAAUCGAUGCUUGUCCAAAGUGUAGCAGAGGGUUCAUCGAUCCUGUUGCCCUCGUCGAGCAUAUUGAGAAGGAUCAUGGUGGUACUUCAAGAGCUUGAGCAUACAUAUCAGAAAAUCCGAUUGCCCUUGUCCAGCAUAUUGAGAGGGAUCAUGGUUGUACAUCAAGAGCUUGAGCAUACAUAUAGGCGUCCAAAGUGUAGCAUAGAAUUUAUUGAUCCUAUUGCCCUUGUCAAGCAUAUUGAGAGGGAUCAUGGUGAUAUUACAAGAGCUUGAGCAUACGUAUCAUAAAAUGAUAUUGAGAGGGAUCAUGGUGGUACUUCAAGAGCUUGAGCGGACACAAAGGAUUUAUUGAUCCUGUUGCCCUUGUCGAGCAUAUUGAGAGAGAUCAUGGGAUACUUCAAGAGCUUGAGCAUACGUAUCGGCAUCCAAAGUGUAGCAGAGGAUUUAUCGAUCUUGUUGCCCUUGUCAAGCAUAUUGAGAGGAAUCAUGGUGACACUUCAAGAGCUUGAGCAUACGUAUCAGAAAAUCUUAUUUGUUGAGACCGUUCAUACGUCAGAAGGUACGAAGGCCAUCUCGAGCACAACUUUAAUUGUUUCAUCGAACUAUACCAUAAUAGAAUAGAUGGUUGUGACUACCUUUUGCGAGGAGUCAUUGAACACAACUAACUUUACUGAGUGUCUAAUAUAAAAGGCACGUAAAGUUUUUUUUAAAGUGUCUAAUAAA